CCUGAAUCGGCUUUAUCGUGGGAAGAACCUGCCUUUCUGAAGCGUCUCGUAAGAACACAGGUUGGCCUUGUAUGACAUCCAUGGAGGCCUUAUUUUUCAACGUCGACAGUGGUUUCCUUGAAGGCACAGUCCGGGGGUACAGGGCCGGCAUCCUCACCCAAAGCCAUUACGCCAACCUGACUCAAUGUGAGACGUUGGAAGACUUCCGAACGCAGCUGGCCGCGACCGACUACGGCAACUUUCUGGCUAAUGAGCCCCUACCGAUUUCCACCUCGACCAUCACCGACAAGGCAACUCAGAUUCUUGUGGACCAGUUCAAUUACCUCAGAACAAAUGCUGUAGAGCCUCUGAGUAAAUUUCUGGACUACAUCACGUAUGCGUACAUGAUCGACAAUGUUGUACUUCUCAUCACUGGAACGUUGCACGAACGGGACACACACGAGCUUUUGGAGCGUUGUCAUCCCUUGGGGGUGUUUGAUACAAUGCCCGCUCUCUGUGUGGCGACAAAUGUGGAGGAACUUUACCAGAGUGUCCUAGUUGAAACUCCCCUCGCGCCGUAUUUCCGUGACUGUUUAUCUGCCUCUGACCUCGAUGACCUCAAUAUCGAAAUCAUCCGUAACACGGUCUAUAAGGCCUACCUCGAGGACUUCUACACCUUUUGUUCAACCCUCGGCUCACCCACAUCCGACGUCAUGCAACGCAUUCUAUCUUUUGAAGCAGAUCGCCGAACGGUCAAUAUCACCAUCAACUCUUUCAACACGGAACUCAGCAAGGAGCAGCGCGCCAAGCUCUUCCCUGCGAUUGGCCGACUCUUCCCAGAAGGCAAUAACCAGCUUGCGAAAGCAGAUGACAUUGACCAGGUUCGACAGGUCUGCGAAAGCGUGUCGGAGUACCGGUCGUUCUUCGCUGAAUCCUCACAUUUGGACGGCAACGGCGAUGACUUGAGUGCAGUGUCACAGUUGGAGGAUCGCUUCUUCAACACCGAAGUGCAUCUCAACAAGCUUGCGUUCCUUCAACAGUUCCAGUAUGGAAUCUUCUAUGCCUAUAUGAAAUUGAAGGAGCAGGAGAUUCGGAAUCUGACAUGGAUAGCGGAGUGCAUAGCACAAGAUGCAAGGGAUAGGAUGCAGGACUUUAUACCCAUCUUCUGAUAGGAUUUCGUCUGCUAUCAAAUAAUACUGAACUUUCAUUACUUGCGAUAGCUAAGUCUAGGUAGCUAGCCAGAAUGAACCGGAAAGCAAAUGAGAAACUCGGAGUGCUAUAAAUACAAAAACUGAUACAGAUGUGAUACAAACCAAUGAUACAAC